GUACAAAACUUCGAUAACAGCCUCAACGGUGGCCUCCAAUUCGCCCUCCAAGCCGAGCAAUUGUCACACACGAUACAGGCCAACAUGGCGGAAUCCCAAGCACGUGCGGCACGCCAGCGAGGCAACAAACGUGUCCUCCGAUCUAUGAUCAAGGUGCGUACGGAGCGCGAGAAACAGGCCGAAUUGGACAAAUGGGUUAGGGGCUGGAAGACACGCCAAAUCAACCACCGGAAGGCGUUCAAGGACAUACAUGUAGAAUUUUGGCGCUUAAUCGGGGGCAUGAUGCAUGAUCCUACGUGGCGAUGUCGAUUUGGAGAUGAAUAGUAGUGCUGGUGGUGGAAAUUUGGUAUCUACAAACUUCAUAGCGCGGA